AUCUUGACCACAGUGCAUCAUCAAAUAGUACAACGAGCGGUGUGUCCCGGAUUUCACCGGUCUAACUAAUUGUCUUGAUUUCCAGGAUCGAAUCAUAAUGAAGGUAACAGCAGCAACAGUAGCAGUGCUGGGCCUGCUAACAAUCCUGAUGCCUCAGGGUAAUGCCCGCUCAGUAUUGGUGAACCAGGUGACCUCAGCACUACAAGAGAGUUUUGAUGUCUUGAAUGCCAAACGAAGUGAUUGGUUGAAUAACUACUUAACCAUGAAGAACAUGACGAAGACAGACAGUGCCAAUAUGAAAGAACUUCUCAUGACUAGCAAGCUGGUCCUCCCCUUGAUGUGGCAAAUGUAUGCAACAGCUGUCAGGAAACAAAAGAAGUUCUACGAUACUGUGGUCAGUGAGAGAGAGCAGUCACUCCCCUUUCGUGCCCACGUUGUCCCAAACAACAUGGGCGCCAAUAUGUACUUCGAGGCCACGCUCCUCCUGCAGCAGUAUCGAGAGUAAGUGAUAAUCAGGUGACUUCUGUUUAUGAGAAGAUAUGAUUCUAUUGAUAGGAAAGAGAAAAGGAAGAGGCGAUGAACGUAGAAAUGAGGUGACGAGGAGAAGUUAGUGUGAUUCACUUUGAUGUUGAUAAUAGGAGAGGACCCAAACUGGCGCGUUUUCAGUGUUUGUCGUCUGCUUUAAUUCAGGAGUAGGGUCAGCAUUGUCUCACGUACGGAGUAGUCGUCUAUAAACACUAUCUUUCGAUAUGUAUUUAUUGAGUUACCAUGCUUUUACUCCUUCCACUAUUUUAUUUAUUUAUUUAUUUUAUUUAUUUAUUUAUCUAUUUUUUAUUUAUUUUUGUUUAUUUAUUUAUUUAUUUUUUUGCUAUUCUCCUAUGGUAUUUCUUUAUAAUUACUUGAGUUUAUACUUCUAACAUCAUUUCAUACAGCAAACAUAAUCGCCUGGUAUACCAAGCUAUUUAAUUUUUGGACAUUACUAGAGCACAAAAACUUAAACACAUUUCACCUCACCUCUGCAGAGUAGUACUCAAGGAAACUGUAGAACAAUUUUUAUUCGGUUUUCUUUAAGAGAAAAAGAAAAUCUGGGGCCGAAACCGAAAUAGCUCGAUGAUGCUGUUAUCUAUUCACCACUGUGUCAUUUAGCUGUGCCUUGCCAUAGCGACUAGCCUGAACAAUGUUUUCCUUUAGACUGAAAAUAACUCGUCAGGAUGGCUACUGUCUAUUAGCUAAGUCUCUGUUAGGUCUCUGUGAUGCAAAAAACGUCUAUGCA